GCAAGGCGAAACAAGAAACGCCCAGAAGCUCCUAACGGAACCGUUACGCGGCCUCCCCCGUACUUAACGGAAUGUGAAAAGUUGCGAGCGCAUCUUCUCGUACAACAUGGCAGGAUACAUUCUCCCCUAAUGUAAUGUACAAUACCACCUUCUAAGCGAGCAUCCAUUCGCCACUUGUCUUUUCAGGUUUAUGUCGUCGUGCCGCACGCGGAACUCUCCCAUGGUGCCUCCUCGACGCCCCCGCCAAGCAGUCUACACUCCACCUGUCCUGGCUCUCCGCAUAUAUAUCUAUAUAUAUGCUCAGUGGUUACAGACGAUCCAAUGUCAUUGGAAGACGAAACGCACUCGCGAGCGAAUCAACCAGCAUUGCAGCAAUCUUCGCGUGCGCAUCACUCGCAUAGCAAGCACAUCAUCCACUCUCAAUUCCYGUCAUUUUCGCAAGCUUGCUGCUUUUAUAGCUUCUCCUACCAGCUACAGGAAUUGCGAUCAGUCUUUUUCUGUAUCUGAUCUGUUGCGCACUAGUUAGUCUACCUGGUGGACGAUCGCAAUCGCUCGCAACCUCGCGAGGGUUGAUUGGACUCCAUAGAACGACACUUUCCGCGCGCUUUCCUCUUGUUUCCCGCCAUAUCCGUGCGGUGUCCUCGCUCUUGAUCACAGUCAUCAUGGCGCUGUACCCUCUCUUUGCCCACGAUGCUGGUCUUGGGUCGAUGGCCGACACGGUGCGGCAGAUUAUUACCCUUGGAGAUGAAAUGUUGAGAACGCAGGACGAGCCCGGCCGUGCCUUCGUGAGAGAGUCGCACGCCAUGGCCAACACCGCGAUGGACGUGAAGGAAACGCCGACGGCGUACGAGUUCGUGGCCGACCUGCCUGGACUUAGCCGUGAGGAGGUCAAGGUGCAGCUGGAGAACAAGAACGUCUUGGUCAUCAGCGGGGAGCGCCAUCGUGAGACGAAGAAGGGAGAAGCAGGAGGAGUGAAGUACCAUCGCAUCGAGCGAAGCACUGGGAAAUUCAUGCGACGCUUCACGCUGCCAGAGAAUGCAGCCCUGGACAAGAUCGGCGCGCAGUGCAAGGACGGCGUCCUCACCGUGACCGUGCCGAAGAUUCCGCCCAAGGAGCCCGAGAAGCCCAAGGUCAUUGACGUGAAAUUCCACUAGCUGAGAAGGACGGAUACGCCAUGGCAACUCUUGGAAACGAUGAAAGUGGAGAGAGAGAGAGAGAGAGAGAGAGAGAGAGAGAGAGAGAGAGAGAGAGAGAGAGAGAGAGAGAGAGAGAGAGAGAGAGAGAGAGAGA